GGUGAUGAUCGAAGUGCCACGAAUAUGCGAAAUUCCUUUUCCUAUUGGAAGAUUCGUGCUAUAAUUCGCAUCUGUUUUUGCAACUCUGUCUGACAUCUUCUACUACUUCUACACUCACGGCUUUUCUUCAUUCAUACCCACUCGAUUUCUUCACGACUUCCAGGCUCAUUGUGCAUCUAGAGCUGUCUGUUUGAAGAUCUACUUCUUUGUUGGCAAUCAGUCUAACGUCGACUGAUUGCCAAUUGGAUUUAUGGGUCCAGAGAGUACGUCUAACACGGGAAGAGCCCUAGAACAUGUGCAUGGAGUCCAUGUGGUUCAACAUUCACCCUUUGAGUUAGAAGAGAUCUCUCAAAAUGGAAACUUUCAGCAGUCAACACAUGGAAGGUUGACCAUAGGAGUUAAUCAGCUCUUAAGAGUGCAUACUGUACAGAGAGUAUGGCAGCAGAGACCAUCUUGUCUGAGACCCAUCCAUUGUUGUUUACAUGGCGAUAGACAUCUUGGUGAGAGAAUUGCGAACGUGCUAACUUCAAUUCCUUUUAUUGCUGUCGGGUUCCAAGCUCCAAGAAAGAAUUUGAACUGUAAGCUUUAUGCAAAUUCGUUAAUUGGAGUCGGAAUCGCGUCAAGUUUGUACCAUUCUUCUAGAGGGAGAUGGAGGAAGUAUUUGAGAUGGGCUGACUACACGAUGAUAGCUACAGCUACAGUGUGUUUGUCAAGAGCUCUAAGGGAUGAAAACCCAAAACUGCUGAUGGCCGCAUCUGCAUUGUGCUUACCCAUUCAGCCAUUGAUGGUUUCAGCUGUUCAUACUGGGAUGAUGGAGGUUGCAUUUGCAAGAAGAGCUGUUAAAGAUCCAGAGCUUAAAGUGGUGCACAAUGUUCACAAGUUGUCAGCACUGUUGGGUGGCGCGUUUUUUGUGGCCGAUGAUCUGUUCCCAGAAAUCCCAUAUCUUCAUGCCGGUUGGCAUCUAGCUGCUGCAAUAGGUGUUGGCGCUUGUAACAAGCUUCUAGAGUAGCACCACAAUCCAAAUUCGUCGAAAUACCCAACUGUUUCCUUCUAUUUUCAGAGGUUUUCAACACUUACAGGUGUGGCCAAAACCCGACCCGUCAUUGAGUACAGAUUUAGACUAUUUGUCAAUGUGCUACUUUGGUUUGAUCAGAUUCAGAUCAUGUAUGCAAGUAAAUGCAGGAUCAUUAUUAUGUUA